AUGCCCCGACCCGGAAUCCGAAUUCUCCCAAGCAACCCCUGCCUCGACCUCUAUUUCCACCGCCCCAUGGGAUCAGGCAUCCACUCCAACUUGGAAUUCCAUGAGACUCUGACGAAGCAGCUGCUGCCGCGGGCCUGGUCUCACGAUCCCCUCACCACCCUCAAGCUCAUUUGCAACCUCCAAGCCAAGUGGAGGGACAAUGGAAAACCCUAUGAGGAGGCCUUCUACGCGGCAGCGUUUUGGCUGCACCACAACCACCCUAAGACCCUUGCCUGCAACCUCCUUCCUAUUGCCAGCGCCUUCGGCCGUAUUUUCGACGUUCUCGACAUUCUGUCUCGGGUUCUUCUACAAGGGAAUGGCCAGCAGCAGGUUGAUCAAUACUCUAUGACUUGGACCAGGAAGGAGAAGAACAAACACUUCCUGUCCCAACAGUACCAGUUCCAGUUAACACAAAAUGGAAGGAAGAAAAACAGGACAACUUGUCCUCUUCCUCCUCCUAGUCCUAGACAGAUUCGGCAAAUCAAGGUGGAAAAAGCCAAGAAGAAAGCGAGCGCCUUGUUGAAGAGAAGGAAGACGAUUGCCACGGCCAACAAGGCUGUUGACAGGUACCACGGCGACCCGGAUUAUUGGUUCUUGCACGACAGGGUUUCUGAUCUUAUGGCCGAGUGCUUGAAGCAUGAUAUCCAACAAUUCAACCAGCAUCUGCAGCAGCGUCGUGAGCGUGAGCAAGGCCAAGACCAAGACCCAAAUGAGAAGAAGAUGCAGACGUUGGAGUUUAACGUAACCAGUGUGGCUUAUUGCUUCGAAUUCGUGCCGCCCCCCACGGAUCAACUGCUGUAUGAAAGCGUUGCUAGGAAGAUUUUCCUGCCAGGAGAGUCAGAUUCAGAAUCAGAAUUUUUGAACCCAAUGUCUCUGUGGCGGCGGCGGCUGCGGAAAGAGAUUUUGGUACCCUUGAGACAAGCCUUGGCGCUUGCCAACGAAACAGGUGCCAACAAGUGGGGUUAUUGUCCGUGUUACGAACUAGAGGCCUCUGAUGCCGCUGCCUCUGCGGUUCACAAGUAUAUGGUGGCGCUGCAAAAAGCCAUUGCCGCCGCCGAGGCCAAGUCCGAGUCCGUGUCUGAGAGCAUGAUUGAGGCCGGUGCUGUGCUUCCACACCCGAUCGUACGCUACGCCGUGAAUUAUAAUGGUCGUUACGAGCGAGCAGCUGAGCUUCAGUGGAAGAGAAUGGUGGAGGACGUGUACAAAAAGCAGGGGAGGCUGAACAAUUGCUUGGCUGUUUGUAACGUGCGGGCGUCGGAGUCGGUGGCUCUGGGGCUGUUUGUGUCUCAACUGAGCGAAGGGCCUUGGGAAGGAAAGGUGGUGAGUUACAACGAAAAGCCUCAGCUGCAUUUGGUACGAGGCGAAGAUCUCAAGUCCAAGUUCAGCUUUAUGCAGAGUUUGGUUGAGUGUCAGGACUGGGAGGUUGAUCUGGGGAAGGUGUUUGAUUUGAUUCUGGAAGUGGCGGUGAAUGAGAAUGUGAAGGCAGAUCAGAUGGUGAGGAAAGUGUUUGUGUUCACCUCCGUCGGAGACUUCAGUGAUGGCUGCUGGAAGCCUCGCGGCGGCGAUUAUGAGGAAAUACAGAGGAAGUUUGAGGAGAAGGGGUAUGCCGUGCCACACUUGGUGAUUUGGAAUCUCACCAGACGGAAUUAUACGCCACUGCGUACCGGAGAGCCAGGGUUGACGUUGUUGGGUGGCUUCUCCGACGCUAUGCUCAAGUGCUUCUUGGAGAAUGACGGCGAACUUGGCCCCGACCAGGUAAUGGAAUUAGCCAUCUCUCCCCAAUGCUAUCAAACUCUGGCUGUCUUCGACUGA